AUGACGCGGUUCAUCUUCUUUGACAAUGCCAUUAACGUCACGGAGGAGCUUUUAGUCGAGCAGCCUUUCAUCUGGGUGUUCCUUUUCCUCUAUAUUGCCAUCUCAGCGUAUGUCAUUCUCAACUUAGUUACGGCUGUGAUCUGCGAGAAAGCUCAGUCCAUGACGCAGGAGAAUGCAGCGGAGAUGGCUAAAGAGCUACGAGCAGAAGAGAAGAGGACUUUGAAGGAUCUCAAGAAUCUUUUCCUGAGACUUGAUGCCGACGGCAGCGGACAGGUCACCAUGGAGGAGUUUGAUGCAGCCUUUACAGUCCCGGAAUGUAGGGACAAGUUCCUUUUGCUGGGCUUCGAUGAGGACGAGGCCAAGAGACUCUUCAAGGUGCUCGACGCAGAUGGCGAAGGGGAGCUCAGUGCGACAUCCAGAGGAAUGCUGAUUGCGAAGAAGAAGGCCGAAAAGCUGGAGAAGCUGUUGCUCAAAGCGCUUCCACCGGACACCACCGCCGGAGGCGAGGGCGACCGGCUUGCGCUGGAGGAGGCCGAGCCAGAGAGAUUCGGUGAUCUGCUUGAAACUCAAAUGCGAGGCCUUGAGGAGGCAGCAAGACUUCGUCUGGACGACAUACAGAAGCAGUGCUGGGUGGCAAAGUCUGCAGCGAAGAAUUUGGAGGAUCUGCUGAACAAGAUCCGAAAGAAGUCGGGCUUGGACCCUCCGUCUCCAAACUUCGACUUCGAGGUGCACUGA